AUGAGUGAGAGAGGCUGGGGAGAGGAACCCAGAGCAGAGCCUGGCGAUGUCGGGGGUGGGGAUUGCUGGGGGCUGGGGGAGGCGGUUCCCAGCGCAAGGGGCUCAGACUCAGGCGCCAGUCUCUCUGCCUGCAGUUCUCAGGAGCUCACGUGCUGCGCCGGCUGGAGGCAGCAGGGGGACGAGUGUGGGAUCGCUGUGUGCGAAGGCAACUCCACGUGCUCGGAGAACGAGGUGUGCGUGCGACCCGGCGAAUGCCGCUGCCGCCACGGUUACUUCGGGGCCAACUGCGACACCAAGUGCCCGCGCCAGUUCUGGGGUCCCGACUGCAAGGAGCUGUGCGUCUGCCACCCGCACGGGCAGUGCGAGGACGUGACGGGCCAGUGUACUUGUCACGCGCGGCGCUGGGGCGCACGCUGCGAGCAUGCGUGCCAGUGCCAGCACGGCGCGUGCCACCCGCGGAGCGGCGCGUGUCGCUGCGAGCCCGGCUGGUGGGGCCCGCAGUGCGCCAGCGCGUGCUACUGCAGCGCCACGUCGCGCUGCGACCCGCAGACGGGCGCCUGCCUGUGCCACGCGGGCUGGUGGGGCCGCAGCUGCAACAACCAGUGCGCCUGCAGCGCGUCGCCGUGCGAGCAGCAGAGCGGCCGCUGCCAGUGCCGGGAGCGCACGUUCGGCGCGCGCUGCGAGCGCUAUUGCCAGUGCUUCCGCGGCCGCUGCCACCCGGUGGACGGCACGUGCGCGUGCGAGCCCGGCUACAGGGGCAAGUACUGCCGGGAGCCGUGCCCCGCCGGCUUCUACGGCCUGGGCUGCCGCCGCCGAUGCGGCCAGUGCAAGGGCCAGCAGCCGUGCACCGUGGCCGAGGGCCGCUGCCUGACGUGCGAGCCCGGCUGGAACGGCACCAAAUGCGACCAGCCGUGCGCCGCCGGCUUCUACGGCGAGGGCUGCGGCCGCCGGUGCCCGCCGUGUCGCGACGGGCACGCCUGCAACCACGUGACCGGCAAGUGCACGCGCUGCAACGCGGGCUGGAUCGGCGACCGGUGUGAGACCAGGUGCAGCAAUGGCACGUACGGCGAGGACUGCGCGUUCGUGUGCGCCGACUGCGGGAGCGGCCACUGCGACUUCCGGUCCGGACGAUGCCUCUGCGGCCCGGGCGUCCACGGGCCCCACUGUAACCUGACAUGCCCGCCCGGGCUCCACGGCGUGGACUGCGCCCAGGCCUGCAGCUGCCACGAGGACUCGUGCGACCCGGUCACCGGUGCCUGCCGCCUGGAGACCAACCAGCGUAAGGGCGUGAUGGGCGCGGGGGCGCUGCUCGCCCUGCUCCUCGGCCUGCUACUCUCGCUGCUCGGCUGCUGCUGCGCCUGCCGCGGCAAGGACCCAGCGCGCGGGGAGCUCUCGCUGGGGAGGAAGAAGGCGCCGCAGCGCCUGUGCGGACGCUUCAGUCGUAUCAGCAUGAAGCUUCCCCGGAUCCCGCUCCGCAGGCAGAAGCUGCCCAAGGUCGUAGUGGCCCAUCACGACCUGGACAACACACUCAACUGCAGCUUCCUGGACCCGCCCUCGGGCCUCGAGCAGCCCUCACCAUCGUGGUCUUCCCGGGCCUCCUUCUCCUCCUUCGAUACCACAGAUGAAGGCCCCGUGUACUGCGUACCCCACGAGGAGGCGGCCGCCGAGAGCCGGGAUUCGGACGUCCCCGCCGCGUCGCCAGUGACCACGCCCGCGGAGGAGGCGGCGCCCCUUCCCGCGUCCUCCGACAGCGAGCGGUCCGCAUGCAGCGGUGACGGGCCCGGAGGGGCGCUUUAUGCGCGCGUGGCCCGGCGCGAGGCCCGGCCGGCCCGGGUCCAAGACGAGGCCCGAGGUCUGUCGCUUUCGCCAUCGCCCGAGCGCCGGAAGCCGCCACCACCCGACCCUGCCACCAAACCCAAGGUGUCCUGGAUCCAUGGCAAGCACGGUGCCGGGGCCGCUGCAGCCGCCCGUGCGCCCUCGCCUCCACCCGCGGGCCCCGGGGCCGCCCCCAGCCCCAGCAAGGACGCUGGCGGGCCCCCGCGCAGCGCUCCCGAGGCCGCCUCCAUGCUGGCCGCCGAGCUGCGCGACAAGACUCGCAGCCUGGGCCGUGCCGAGGGGCCCCCGGGCAUGCAGGGUCCCCGAGAGAAGCCGGCGCCUCCGCAGAAGGCCAAGCGCUCCGUGCCUCCCUCCUCACCGGCCCGUUCGCCCCCUGCGCCUGAGGCCCCGGGGCCCGAAAAGGCGGCAGCCGGCACGCCUGGAUCCGACACCCCUCGAAAGAAAACCCCCAUUCAGAAGCCGCCCCGCAAGAAGAGCCGGGAGCUGGCGGGCGAGCCGGGCCGGGCGGGCGCGCCCACGCUGUAGUAAGGGCGGCCCGUGGGCCUGCAACUUCCCCGCUUAGCAGCACUGCUUGGCGCCCCGCGCCCUGCGCGCCCUCCUCUCCCGGGCGGGACGCUGCGUCUCGCUGGUUCGGGCCCUGAGGCCCUCCUGGACGGACCCGUGCAUGCUGCGGCAGGAAGCCCCAUCCUGGUGGCUGAGGCCUGACAGGCGCUUUGCUGACCCCUCCUUUCCCACAGCCUCCCUGGGGAGGGCUCCCGUCUGCCCGCUGGGCUCUCCAAGGCCAGGGGCAGGAGGGCUCUGUCUAGAGAACACCUCCCACUGGCCAGAGUGCCUCGUCUGGGCCACCUUCUCACUGGCUGGGGCCAGAAGCACUUCCACCCGGGAUGCCUCUCCGGUCAGGGCCUGGCGCCUCUGGCUGGAGGCUCCCUCCCGGCGACCCUGGCCAGAGGCUCCUUCCACUGGCCGAGCCCCAGGGCCUCUGGUUGACAGGAGGAGGGCUGGUCUCUGCUCCUCAGGGGGCUUGGCUGUCCCCCAACCAGUCCUCCCCAGCCUCCCCAGCCCCCUCUGCUGUCGAGCUGGUUUUGAUGGCCUCCCAGCACCCCACAUGCCUGGGAAUCUGAGGGGCAACUCCAGUGGCCUGAGGAGAUGUAUUUAUAGGCCCCCGGCAGGGCUACUCCCACCCCCCCCCCACCCCUGGGGGGCCCCAGGAUGGGCUCCUCUCAGCAGGGGCUUGGCCAAAGCUUUCUGAAUAAAGUGCCUCCCC